GACCACCUAGUCGAUAGAGCUCUACCUAGCAAAAGCACACGGAACCUUGCUACCAGGUCACUUGUUGGACUACGACUGUCUCUCAAGAUCCCUCGUCACACAUAAGACCUCAACACAAUGCCGCAUCAUACGAUAUCAGAAUAUCCAGGCGCUGGCAGUGGCGACUUUGCCAUGCAGAAGUACCUCCUCCUCCACAACCAGCAUGAAGAGUUGUGCCAACAACUACACGAUCUGUGCCCUUCAUAUACAAACUCUUCGACAGCCGUGACCUCUCCCUCCGGCUCUCCCAGCAGGGCUUUCGACACAACGCCAUCGCCUCCAACGUUGAGACACCACUCCUCAUCUUCUUCAUCGUCAUCGUCAUCCACUUCGUCCCGAAGCCGCCGGAGAUCUUCGCCAUCUGCCAGUUUCAAGUGCGGCUACUCUGGCCCACUAAGCACGCUGGCUCCUGUGCUUGACGAGACACUGAUCGUCGAGAUGGCGGCUGGCGAGCAGAAACUCUUUGAUGUCAAUGAGGGCAUCAAGCGUGCGCUGACUGAGCUGCUCAACUGCGAGCGCGUACGCAGCGACCAGGCCAUGCGAUCCUGGGUCCAGUCUCGGCUAAUGGAGACGGAGAAGGAGCUGCGCAGCGGGCGUCGCAGGAGAAGUGCUUGAGCUUCGCAGAGAAAGUUCGUGUGGGCCUCCAGCCGCGUCCCUCCGGACGUCAUGGCUUCCUCUACAAGCAUACCUUCAUUCAUCCCAGCAUUUUUCCUCAGCAUCGUAUCGUCCAGGCAGGGCAGGCAUGGCCCACUGGACUUGCAUGACACGACUCGGCGUUUUGUUUUCUUUCUUGGACGGGAUGUCCAGCUCAUGAUGAUACCAGCGCGCAUUGUCUUGGUCCUGUUUCUCCCCUCUUGACGACAGCAUCUUUCAAACUGCAUCGGGCCACAUCGGCCUGGAGGUCCUGCGAAUCCUCCGGGCAGGCGGCGUUUCUUGAUACUUCGACCUUGGCACAGUUUUGUCCCACCUUAUUGUUAGCAAUUAAUGUCAAUAUUUAAUCGUCCCUCGAAG